CACUUGGAGAAACCUGAAAACGAUUUUGAUCAAGAAUUCAAGAUAAGUGUUGGCAAUUGCAACGAACCUACCACAAAUCCCCAAUUCUUCUGCUCCGCCUGGCUGGGGCAGCGUGGGCGCGGAACGACGUCCUGCCGGCAUCAGCAGCAUACGGGGGGCGCCGACGAUGAUGGCCGAGGCAGCGAGAGUGCAGCCGCGGCAGCAGGACGGUUGGGUCGAUGAAUUUGAAGGCGUCAUGUACGACAUCUUCCUCCGCCUGCCCCCGAAGUCCGUCGUUCGAUGCCGCGCCGUCUGCAGGUCUUGGCUCCGCGUCGCCUCCGACCGCAGGUUCCUUCUCGACCACCACCGCCGCCAGCCCUCUCUGCCCCUCCUCUACUUCAUCCUCGACGACCUCCGCGGCCCGGAGGUCAGCCAAAGCGAGUACCGGCUCGAGGUAUUGGACCUCCGCGCCAACGACAACAAGUUGCAGACUGUCCUCGGAUUCUCCAGCCACGUCAAUUGGUUGAUGAUCCCCCAUGACCAUGAGAGACGGCUCGCUCUCCAUGGCUCCUGCAACGGGGUCCUCCUCCUAUCCUCCGACGACCGCCAGCUAUCCUCCGUCGACCGCCUAUACCUCUACAACCCAACCACGCGCCACUGGGGUUGCCUGCCACCACUUCACAGCGACAACACCAUCGCAGGACUUUACUGGCACAGGAUCUCGGACGACUACCGGGUGCUCUACUUCCGGCUCCAUGAAGAUGGAAAGUACUGCUACUACGUCAUGGAGGCCGGCACCAGGAAGCAGAGGCUGGUCAGUCGUCAGGUAUCCCUAAUACACUCCCCAUGGCCAGCCGGGUCUGCACGGCGCUCACCGCCGGUCCUCCUUCAUGACAACCUUCACUGGCCCCCUGUCUCAUCAAGGCCCGAGUCCAUAGCCGUCUUCAACACGGUCACCGAAGAGUUCUGGUUUAUGCGUUCUCCUGCCAUCUACGUGGACAGCCUGCUUAUCUCAAAUGUGAAGCUGCUUGACAUGGAGGGCGUUCUUGCCUUGUCAAGUAGCUGCAGAGAGGCUACUGGGGAUGACGGGCCCUUGAGGGUUGAUCUGUGGUUUCUGGAGGACUACAACAACGACCGUGUUUGGGUCUGCAAGUACCGCAUUGAAUUGCCGGUGGAAGAAAUCAGCCGUUUCCAUGCAUUCCUGGAUGGAUGGAAUGCUGUUGUUGUGUCCCAUGAGGGAGAUGUGCUGGUUUAUCUCUGGAAUCUCCUGUUGGGAUAUGACAGUGAAGGAAAUUCAGUAGCAAAUUUGCCGUGUGAUUGCAGAUUUCUGGAGAUUGGUCCACAUAUGCUUAAGCGGAGCCUUGUUCCUCAUGCAUCGCUUGGGAUGUACAACCCAACAAACCAUCUUUUCUCUGAUGACUAAUAGAUUGGGCUAUGGUUUCCAUGAGAGAGAGUUUUUGGCUGUAGGGUCAUGAUAAUUGGACCGUUUCUUUUGAUUUGGAAAAAGAGUGCCAAGCUGAUCCGAACCAUGCGUUUCAGAGUUCAGAUUGUUAUCUUCUUUAGCUGCAGGCAUUUCUUUGGUUUGAACAUUUUAGUAAUAAACACACAUUGUGCUGG